GCGGGGGGCCCGAGGCGCAGACAGUCGGAGCGCGCGGCUGCAGCGGCGGAACCGGAGCCGGGAGCCCGAGCAGCCGCCGGAUCGCAGCCCGCGGGGCCCGCCGCAGCCAUGGGCAACCGUGGCAUGGAGGAUCUCAUCCCGCUGGUUAACCGGCUGCAGGACGCCUUCUCUGCCAUCGGCCAGAACGCGGACCUCGACCUGCCGCAGAUCGCCGUGGUGGGCGGCCAGAGCGCCGGCAAGAGCUCGGUGCUCGAGAAUUUCGUAGGCAGGGACUUCCUGCCCCGAGGAUCUGGCAUUGUCACCCGACGCCCCCUGGUCCUGCAGCUAGUCAAUGCUACCACAGAAUAUGCCGAGUUCCUGCACUGCAAAGGGAAGAAAUUCACCGACUUCGAGGAGGUGCGCCUGGAGAUCGAGGCUGAGACCGAUCGGGUCACCGGCACCAACAAGGGCAUCUCGCCGGUGCCCAUCAACCUCCGCGUCUACUCGCCCCACGUGCUGAACCUGACUCUGGUGGACCUGCCUGGAAUGACCAAGGUGCCGGUGGGAGACCAACCUCCCGACAUCGAGUUCCAGAUCCGGGACAUGCUUAUGCAGUUCGUCACCAAGGAGAACUGCCUCAUCCUGGCCGUGUCCCCGGCCAACUCUGACCUGGCCAACUCAGAUGCUCUGAAGAUCGCCAAGGAGGUGGACUCCCAGGGGCAGCGCACUAUUGGGGUCAUCACCAAGCUGGACCUGAUGGACGAGGGCACAGAUGCCCGUGACGUGCUGGAGAACAAGCUGCUCCCACUGCGCAGAGGCUACAUCGGGGUGGUGAACCGGAGCCAGAAGGACAUCGAUGGCAAGAAGGACAUCACGGCUGCCUUGGCCGCUGAACGCAAGUUCUUCCUCUCCCACCCAUCCUACCGCCACUUGGCUGACCGCAUGGGCACACCCUACCUGCAGAAGGUCCUCAACCAGCAACUGACGAACCACAUCCGGGACACACUGCCCGGGCUGCGGAACAAGCUGCAGAGCCAGCUGCUGUCCAUUGAGAAGGAGGUGGAGGAGUACAAGAACUUCCGUCCUGAUGACCCAGCUCGCAAGACCAAGGCUCUGCUUCAGAUGGUCCAGCAGUUUGCCGUGGACUUUGAGAAGCGCAUUGAGGGCUCAGGGGACCAGAUCGACACUUAUGAGCUGUCAGGGGGAGCCCGUAUCAACCGGAUCUUCCAUGAGCGCUUCCCCUUUGAGCUGGUCAAGAUGGAGUUUGACGAGAAGGAACUCCGAAAGGAGAUCAGCUAUGCCAUCAAGAAUAUCCAUGGCAUUAGAACGGGGCUCUUUACCCCAGACAUGGCCUUUGAGACCAUUGUGAAAAAGCAGGUGAAGAAGAUCCGAGAACCGUGUCUCAAGUGUGUGGACAUGGUUAUCUCGGAGCUAAUCAGCACCGUUAGACAGUGCACCAAGAAGCUCCAGCAAUACCCGCGUCUGCGGGAGGAGAUGGAGCGCAUCGUGACCACCCACAUCCGGGAGCGUGAGGGUCGCACCAAGGAGCAGGUCAUGCUCCUCAUCGAUAUUGAGCUGGCUUACAUGAAUACCAACCAUGAGGACUUCAUAGGCUUUGCCAAUGCUCAGCAAAGGAGCAACCAGAUGAACAAGAAGAAGGCUUCAGGGAACCAGGAUGAGAUUCUGGUCAUCCGGAAGGGCUGGCUGACCAUCAACAAUAUUGGCAUCAUGAAGGGGGGCUCCAAGGAGUAUUGGUUUGUGCUGACCGCUGAGAAUCUGUCCUGGUACAAGGAUGAUGAGGAGAAAGAGAAGAAAUACAUGCUGUCUGUGGACAACCUGAAGCUGCGGGAUGUGGAGAAGGGCUUCAUGUCGAGCAAGCAUAUUUUUGCCCUCUUUAACACGGAACAGAGGAAUGUCUACAAGGAUUAUCGGCAGCUGGAACUGGCCUGUGAGACACAGGAGGAGGUGGAUAGCUGGAAGGCCUCCUUCCUAAGGGCUGGCGUGUACCCCGAGCGUGUUGGGGACAAGGAGAAAGCCAGCGAGACCGAGGAGAAUGGCUCAGACAACUUCAUGCACUCCAUGGACCCACAGCUGGAGCGGCAGGUGGAGACCAUCCGGAACCUGGUGGACUCAUACAUGGCCAUUGUCAACAAGACUGUGCGAGAUCUCAUGCCUAAGACUAUCAUGCACCUCAUGAUCAACAACACCAAGGAAUUCAUCUUCUCGGAGCUGUUGGCCAACCUGUACUCGUGCGGGGACCAGAACACACUGAUGGAGGAGUCGGCCGAGCAGGCGCAGCGGCGCGACGAGAUGCUGCGCAUGUACCACGCACUGAAGGAGGCGCUCAGCAUCAUCGGCGACAUCAACACGACCACUGUCAGCACGCCAAUGCCCCCGCCUGUGGACGACUCCUGGCUGCAGGUGCAGAGCGUACCGGCCGGACGCAGGUCACCCACGUCCAGCCCCACACCGCAGCGCCGAGCCCCUGCCGUGCCCCCAGCCCGGCCCGGAUCGCGGGGCCCUGCUCCUGGGCCUCCGCCUGCUGGGUCCGCCCUGGGGGGAGCGCCCCCCGUGCCCUCCAGGCCGGGGGCUUCCCCUGACCCCUUCGGUCCUCCCCCCCAGGUGCCCUCGCGCCCCAAUCGCGCCCCGCCCGGGGUCCCCAGAAUCACUAUCAGUGACCCCUGAGGAGUGUCAGCCACGGUAGGUACAUGCCUCUCGGCCUGCUGCAUGAACGGUGUGUCUGCCCCUGCUGCACCAGCUCCAUAAUGGGGGGCGCACCUGGGACCUCAGAGCCAGGCCCCCCCUCUUCUGCAGCUCCAGACUUAUUCUUUCCUCUUUCUGUCUUUGCUGUCUUCUAAGAGCUGGCUCUUACCUCCCUUCGCAGAGAGCCUCGGGACUCAGUGCCCCUGACCAAGACCCCCAUGGCUGAGCCUGGGGAGCUCUUGGGACAGGCUUCACACCCAAACUGGCAGACAUGGGUGCCCUCUGGAGCCGUCAGAGAGGGCAGAGAGCUCAUGGUUUAUGGUGUAGGGGUGGAGAGUGUGGAGGGGAUUGUGUGUGGGGCUGGACUCAGGCAGGCAGAGGCCUGGGAGGUUCACCCUGGGGCUGCCACACUCAUUCCCCAAUCUGAGCUGUGCUGCUGGGGCAGCGCAGCCAGCUCUCAGGCUGGGAGCUCUGGGAAUUGAAUCCACGAUAGGGCCGAGGAGGUCAGAGUCCCACCUCCUCUAUGGUGCCAACGACUGAGCAGUGAUCUGGGGUGAAGGCUCUGCUGGUUCGAUGAUUUCUGAAAGCCUGAGGGUCCUACCCACACCGUCGGCCCAGAGCACACCUCACGGGCGAGGCAGAGUCACACAGCCCUUCCCCUACCUCCUGGGUGUUGUCACUCCUGCUAGUGCACAACUGAAGGCAGCGUCUUCGGCCCCAGGUGAAGCACCAUAGCCAGCCCGUGGGCUCAUGGAUCUGGGCCUGUAGCUCCUAGGGGUGACCUACACUUUUCAGCCAGGAGGAUGACAGUGUCUGCUGACCUGGGCAGGUCUACUUCUCUGAGUUCUGCCCCAGCUGGGCCGCAAAACUCGCCCAGCGAACCCACCUGCCACUGACUCUUGCUCUUCUGCUUUUCCCCAGCAGGAAGGGCCCAGCCUCACCUACGCGACCUGCGGUCCCCCGACCAGCUGAGGCUCCCCUCUUAGACUUAUAAGCCUGUGGCCAAGGGCAUCCAGCUGCCUGCCUUCCCUGCCUCCCCAGGGUCCCAUCAGAGGACACCUGGGCUUUCUGCCCACCCAGAGGGGCCUCCAGUGCUCCCUCCAGCCAUCCUCUUAGCUUUGCCCUCCUGGUUCAAACAGUGUUCUUUCUCAUGUCUUUCUCCAUCAGGCCUGGUGGCUGUUGCACAGGGCUCACAGCCCCAUACUCCCUGGGGCUGGGGGCGGCCCUGGGCCAGUGGGUUGAAAGACAGGGAGCCAGAGAAGAGGGAAGCCAGAAAGGGCCGAGCACGUGUCUGGAGCUGUGGGUGCACUGCCUGGUGGUGUGUGAGAGACCAGCGUGCGUGGCAAGGGAGGGCCGCCCAGCCUCCAUCUUCCACCCCAUGAAGUCUGUCCCCUUGCCCCUCUCCAGCUCCUCCCUUCCACCUUCCCUUUCUUGGUACCUCCUCUAUUCCGGAAACCUCACCCAAACCCUCACCGCGUCUUUGUCCCCUGCCCCACCCCUACCCCCACCUCGACCACCGGGCUUGGCUGCUGUUGCCUUACCACCUCUCCCCCUCCUUCUCUCUCCAUUCUCUCUCUCUGCUUUCUCUCCAACUGCCAGCCGAUCGGGUCAGGCAAGUCCAUCCCGUCCUGAGAGCCCCAGGCCCCCCUUCGACCUCUAACCAGAUCCCUCCUAUUCCUCGGAGACCUCCCUUUCCAAGCCUACCUGGACGGCUGUUCUGUGACUUGACAUUGGCUCCCCAGUCCCAAAGCCUCCCCCUUCAUAUGUGACUUAGUCUGUCGUAGUGGUGAGCUGACAUCCAGGCGUGACUUUGGUGAAACUUGUGCCCCCUCUGUGGUGUUGCUCCUGCCCCGUUCUAUAAAUAUCUAUAAAUACUCAGAUAUAUAUACACACAUAUAUGGCCGCCACAGCCUUGCCUCUAGUGUCGGGAAUCAGUCACCAUGCUGUCCUUGAGGAGUCUUGUGGCCCACCUACAAGGGAACACUGUCACCCUGACAUCCCACUCCAGAGCGUGCCACCUCCGAUGAGCCUCCCUGUCAUGCCCAGCCUGUGGACAGACAGCCCCCCUCUGCCACCUUCCUGUCCCUCCCCGCUGAGCAUGGGGGUGCUGUACUGGCAGCUGUGUGGUUCUCUGACCACCAGCAGUCUUGCUGUCUCUUGGCUGAGAAUAAAACCUAUUUCUGGACGAUGGGGAA